AAAAAUAAAAAUAAUGUAAGAAAAAAGCGAGCGCGGAGGAGGCAAACCACGAAUCGAAGAAGAGCUCCUCCUCCGUUCCAACCUCAACAACCUCCCACAAGCCACAGUCUUCUUCCCCCAACCCCCAGGAACCCGCGUGCGAGGAGCCGAUGCAGACGGCGGCGGCGGCGGCGGCGUGGCUGGCGCCGGGCCCAUCGCCGUCCACGUCCUCCUCGUCCUCGCCGUCCUCUUUCAAGGUGGGGAUUGCGUCGCCGUGUGGGACGGCUGCCCAUGCCUCCUCCGCGCCGAGGCUGGUUGCUGCGUCCAGUCACCGGGGGCAGCGGCGGCGGCGGCAGCGGCAGCAGCAGCAAGUGGUUAAAGCUAUUGCCAACACAGACCCAGCGGUGGAGCUGCCAUUGACAGCUGAAAAUGUUGAGAUGGUGUUGGAUGAAGUUCGACCAUACCUUAUGGCAGACGGAGGCAAUGUUGCAUUGCAUGAAAUUGAUGGGAAUGUGGUGAGGCUGAAGCUGCAAGGAGCCUGUGGAUCAUGCCCGGCUUCAGUAACAACAAUGAAGAUGGGUAUUGAACGACGCUUGAUGGAGAAAAUUCCUGAGAUUGUUGCAGUUGAGCCCAUUGCUGAUGAGGAGACUGGACUUGAAUUGAACAAGGAGAAUAUAGAAAAGGUACUUGACGAGAUUAGGCCAUACCUUUCUGGCACAGGAGGUGGUGAGCUUGAAUUUGUUGCGAUCGAGGAACCUAUUGUCAAGGUUAGGCUUACAGGCCCAGCUGCUGGUGUGAUGACUGUUCGUGUAGCCCUAACUCAGAAGCUCAGAGAAAAGAUACCGAAAAUUGCAGCUGUCCAGCUAUUGUCGUAAGCCUCAAUACCUUUAGAAAAACAACCCCUGCAAUGUAAAUGUGCUGCUACAAUAAUUACCAGGAAAGAAGUUGUAAUGGCUUUGUAUGUGCCACUCCAUUCUACUUAAACUACCAAUAGUGAUCAUUAAUAUGAAAUGUUGUAAGGGUGUUCCUACUGGUCUACUGGAUCGAUUUACCAAAAGUUUUGGCUGCAUCUGUGAUUCUGUCUAUACAAUGUGUGAACACCAUCAUUUAUUUAUAAGUUGAAACAGAAGACACUACCACCUGUUCAGUUUCA